AUGGUGAACAUCACAGAUAAGAUCAAAGAGAUUGAGGAUGAGAUGCGGAGGACGCAGAAGAAUAAGGCGACGGAGUAUCAUUUGGGUCUAUUGAAAGGAAAACUCGCCCGUCUCAGAGCCCAACUCCUCGAACCAGCUGGUGGUGCAGGUUCCGGCGGCGGCUCCGGUUUCGACGUCAGCAAAAGCGGCGAUGCCCGUGUUGCUUUGGUCGGUUUCCCCUCCGUCGGAAAAUCUACUUUUUUAUCCAAAAUCACCAAGACUCGCAGUGAGGUAGCUGCCUACUCAUUCACGACCCUCACAGCCAUCCCCGGUGUUUUGGAGUAUGGUGGUGCUGAAAUUCAGAUCCUGGAUUUACCAGGUAUUAUUGAGGGGGCUGCGGAGGGCAAGGGAAGAGGAAGACAGGUUAUUUCAGCGGCAAAGACGAGUGAUCUCAUUCUUAUGGUGUUGGAUGCGACGAAACGGGCAGAGCAGCGUGCGCUGCUGGAGGCGGAGUUGGAGGCUGUGGGAAUUAGGUUGAAUCGUGAACCUCCGAACAUUUAUCUCAAAGCCAAGAAAUCUGGAGGCAUGAAAAUCACAUUCCAGUCACCGCCCAAGUACCUCGACGAAAAGAUGGUCUAUAAUAUCUUGAGAGAUUAUAAGAUGCUCAACUGUGAAGUCUUGGUGCGAGAUGAUGAAGCCACCGUCGAUGAUUUGAUCGAUGUCAUCAUGAAAGAUCAUAGGAAAUAUAUCAGAUGUCUAUAUGUCUACAACAAAAUCGACAGUAUCAGCGUCGACUUCCUAGACAAACUCGCCCACGAACCGCACACAGCAGUAAUGAGUUGUGAACUUGAUCUCGGAGUACAAGACGUUAUUGCGAGGAUAUGGAAGGAGCUUCGAUUAAUUCGGAUUUAUACGAAGAGAAAGGGCGUCGAUCCCGAUUUCAGCGAGGCACUUAUUGUUCGCAGCAACUCUAGCAUUGAGGAUGUCUGUGACCAGGUUCAUCGUACACUCAAAGAGACGUUCAAGUAUGCGCUUGUAUGGGGUGCGAGUGCUAGACAUGUUCCGCAACGUGUUGGGUUGGGGCAUCUGGUUGCUGAUGAGGAUGUGGUGUCUAUUGUUGCCAAGUAG